ACACUGUACGACUAAAACUUCUGGCACCUAUAUUUUCUUCCUCGUGUAUAUGAAAAAAGAAUGAAGACCUUGGAGAUUAUUGGUUGUUUACUGGCCAUUAUUGUGGUUAGUCACGCUUACGAUUCCUACCGUGCUGUACAAUUCAAAAGAUACCUUGGUGAAUGCAGUGAAGCACUAAACAAAACACUCGUACUUGCGAGUCCCGGUCCCGAAUUGUUUAUUUGCGCAUUGCAGAAGGACGGCCAAAUUUUUGACGAUGAAGGCGUGAUGCAACAAGGUGCAAUGCGUAAAUUUAUAACAGACGUCACCCCCAAUGAAAGUGAAGUAGAAUUUUCAUGGCAUGUACUCGACAUUUGCUGCAGUAAUGCUGACUCUCUGGAGUUUCCUUCCAUGGUUAAGAUGACGUAUGUUUAUAACUGCAUCAUACCGAUUGUGUCUAACUUUAAGCUAGAUAUGGAUUGAUAAUUUCGCUUUAUGCAAUAUACAAAAUCUGUUUUCAUUCAAAAUCUGUUCUUCAUCGGAUAUUCUGUAAAACUUCCUCUAAUAUUGUUUCAACUAUUUAUAUAACUUUAUUAUCUAUAACAAAUUAGUGCCAUGACCACACAAUUCAACAGUAUUUCUGUAAUAAUUAUAUAAAAUGUGGUUCAAUAAAGUAUAGUUGUUCUAUAAAAA